AUGUAUGAAGUCGACCAAGUAUUUCCCACUCAGGAUUUGGUCACGGCAGCUCAGGAGCGCAAACAACAACGAACUCAAAUAAGGAGUAACAUUGAAAGUAAAUAUGCAAUCCUGAGCGCAAAUGUAAACAUUCUCGUAAACACUGACACAGAAGAAGCGGCGGAAACGCUCAAGAAGAUUUCUGCCUGCCAAUAUCGAAGCACAGCUUUUGCCGUAUUUCGAAAGCCAGCAAAAGAAACAACGAAUUUCGAACAAAUAGCAAUGCAGCUCUCUAAUAUGCCAACGUGA